AUGCUUCCACCCCAGAGCAGGCUCUUGGAAUCAGACAAGCACUGUCUGUUGGAGCUAGGCCUGAGUAGUGUGGAGGGCCUUCUGAGGCAGGGGAUCUACCCUAUCGUCAUUAAUAUCCGACCCAAGAACAAAAAACACAAGAAGUUAAAGAAGUUGCUGACCGGGCGAGGGGAGGAUGGCGUGAUGCAGGAGGUGUGUCAGGCGGACGAGCAGCAGCUGGAGACCCUGCCCCUACUCUACCACACUUUGGAAUCCAGCACCUGGAGCUGCACCGAGGAUCUGCUUCUCGCCAUACGCAAUGUCAUCCACACCCAGCAGAAGGAGAAUCAGGAAAGGGAACAGCAGUUCAUGGAAGACAAGAAAAAGAAGAAAGAGGAUAAAAAGAAAAGGGAAUCUUCCCAGAAGGUGACUGAACAAAAAGUCAAAGUGCCCGAAUUAACCAAGGCCACCUCCACGCAGUCACUAGUCACUCCUGGCUCUGUGUCUCCCAGCCCUGGCCCCACUCCACCAUCGUCCCCCUGCCCUGCAACUGGGUUCGCUGUUCCUACGGGCGGGAACAAUGCAAACCGGGCGGCUGUGGCCAACGGACAGCCCCCCACCGGAACUCAGCGCUAUAUGCCCAGAGAGGUGCCCCCACGAUUCCGCUGUCAGCAGGACCACAAAGUGCUUCUGAAGAGGGGCCAGCCACCACUGUCCUGCAUGCUGCUGGGGGGAGGCAGCUGUAGGGGAGACACACCCCCUCUUUCACAGGGAGAUGCCCCCAGUGCAACCACAUCUGGAUCCACAGAUCCCAAUCUGGGUUCUCCUUCACCCCCCCACUCCUCACCCUCAUCUUCAGUCGCUGCUUCUUCAACUUAUGCAAAUUCCACAUGGGGGGUGGGCUCUGGCAGCCAGCCCCCUUUUCAGGGCUGGGAGAAGGUGAUAGUGGAUGGGAGUGACCUUGAAGAGUGGCCCAGCAUCGUGGGUGGGGAUAGAGUGGGUACCGAGGGAGCAGAGCUGGUUGGCCCCAACAGCAGUGCCUCACAGACUGACAAAUGCACCCAACAGCAUCUGAGGGCAGGAGCUGGGAGUUCAGAUAGUCCCUCCCCACCCCACUCUUCCCCCUCGUCACUCACUGAAUGUGUCCUGUCUGGUGUCGUGUGGGGCUCUUCCAGUCAGCCUGGAAUUGGAGUGGCAGCUGCAGCAACAGAGGGGCUAGUGCUCAACAAUUCCAAAGUCUCCUUUCUUCCUGGGGCUCAGGAGAGCCCUCUCAGUGGAAUUCCUGGUGCCAACUUCAACCCUAAUGCCAACCCUUCAGCCUGGCCUGCCCUUGUGCAGGAUGGAAUGACAGGGGUUGGUGUAGCUACCACUGAAGCUGUGCCCUCCUCCAUCACAACAUCCUUCUCUGCCAGUACCACCCAUACUCCUCCACUCUCCUUUGUGAAUCAAGCUAGCCAUCAGCACCAACUCCAUGAAAUGCCUGCCAGGGAUGGAGCACAUCUCCAUGGGGACUGGGGGGCUUGGGGCGAGCUUGGAGAAGGACCAAAUCAAGGAGGCAGAGAACUUGUGGACAGUGGGGUUGUUGGAGAGAGCGGGAAUCUCUCUGCUUCGUCAUCCUCCUCCACAACCUCUUCCUCUUCAUGGCGAGCCUUGCCUCCCCCCUCUAACCUCAACACAGGUGCCUCUAAGACUGACGGGUGGGACAGGUUAAGUGGAGAUGCAGCUCAGGGGGAGGAGGCAAACGUGUGGGGCUUCGGCAGCCAAGCUGAGAAAGCUGGGUUGGCAGGAGAUGGGGCAUGGGUCAGGGGAAGUGAUGUUAGCUCAAAUACCCCAGUGGUAUCUCAGGGAGCAUGGGAUGGGGCUACAGAGGAGGGUUGGGGCGGUACACAGAGGUCGACAGGUGUCAGGGGUUCCAGCAACCCAGCAAUAGGAAGUGGAGGCGAGAGCAGCAGCAGCAGUUUUGGUGAUGGCGGCAUAUCCCAGGAUUCUGCCUCACCAACAUUUGCUACUAUAACAACUGCUUGGGACAAUCAGAAAGGGGUUGGUGCUGUGGGGGAAUGGGCAGGUCAAGGUGGCAGAGGAAGUGGAGGCCCCUCAUGCUCUAGUGGAGGAGGGUCCAGGGCUGGGAGUCACAAUCGGCACCAGGAGCAUUCCCGCCACCGCUCCAGCAACCCACCCCCCAACCCUGAAGUGGCCUUACAGAGCAUGCUCAGCCGGUCAGACCUGGAUCCUAGGGUGUUGUCCAACACUGGAUGGGGGCAGAUCCAGGUACAGCAGAAUGUGGCCUGGGACCUGGAUACAGGAUCAGCCAGUCAAAAUGAGGGAAGCAGUUCCCCUGCAUUUCCAUCUCAAGCCGUUAAUUCUACUGGUCGAUCUUCUACUUACCCCGCAAGCAACAGCACAAUGACUACUGAUCCAUCUGCUGGGGUCCACAUGCCUACUAUGAACACUGGUCCUGGCCCUGUACCUUCAAAGGGCGGCUGGGAUGAUGAGUCAAAUUGUGCUCCACCAUCCAACAUGCGGAAUUCUGAUACCUCCAGGAUGCCAGUGGAAGAUAUUAAUGGCAGCCAGGGAAAGACAAGUGGAGCCUGGGGCGACGUUGGUACUUCAGAGAGCCAUGGCAAAGGCUGGGGCAGUGAGGAGCGGGAGGGGAGAGACCGCAGAGGAAGUAACUGGAGAGAUUUUGGAGAACGGGGUGGUGGAAGAGGGAGUGGCUGGGGAAGUGGUCAGGAGGACAAGGGGACUGCAGGGGGUUGGAAAGAGAUGGGUAGGGAGGGAGGUGGAUGGGAACAAAGAGGGGGCGGCAACUGGGCGCAGCGUGAACCCAAGACAGUCAGUGGAGGCUGGGGGGAAGGUAGGGGCAGAAGUGGAGGCAACGCAGACAAGGGAUUUUGGGGUAACAUCGAUGAGGGAGGCCCACAGAGGAGUUGGGGAAGUGGAGGUGACAUGGGCGGCAAACCGCACCAGGACUGGUGCAUGAAGCCGCAUUCAGCACAGAUACCAAACAGCCAAGCGGCAACACUGAAAGCCCCAAAUAAACAGCAACACCAAUCGCAGACCCAACAGCCACCAGGAGGUUUGGGCAGGUCAGGAGGUCCUCCCACCCAGAAUCAGAACCAAAGCUCGGGCUGGACUGCUGACCCCAUCCCUCAGAACCCUGUUGGGCCUGCUGAGGCCCCUGAACCAAGCGGGUGGGAGGAGCCCUCCCCUCAGUCCAUCAGCCGCAAGAUGGAGAUUGACGAUGGCACUUCAGCCUGGGGAGAUCCCACCUGCUACAACAGCAAGAAUGUGAACCUGUGGGACAAAAAUAGUGCCCCCUCUGGUCCUCCACUGACACUUCAAGGCCAAACUCAACAGGGUCCACCUACAUCUGUACAACAGCCACCACCAAGGAGACAGCCUGCGAUCCCAGCUAACCGGGACUCAAACCCUGGCAAUGCACCUGGAAUGGGCCCAGGUAUGUGGGGAGGGGGUGGCAACCUCGUUGGACAAUCUGUGGAUAAUGGCACUGCUUCCUGGGGGCAAACUUCUGCUGCACCAUCUGGCUGGGGAGACCCAGAUAACUCAAGCAAAGCUGCUGGUUGGGGAAACCCCUCAUCUAAAUCUUGCUCAAAGUCAGUGCAAGAUAGCUGGGGCAAAGGAGAGGGCCCAGUUCCAGCCUCUCGACACUCCAGUUGGGAUGAGGAGGAGGACGUUGGUGGAGUUUGGAACAGCACAGGCUCACAGACCAGCAGCAACUACAACUCUGGUGGCUGGGGGCAACGCCCUGGGGGAAAGAGAGGCAACAGCAAGGGUGGAGGUGGAGACAAUUGGAUGAACCCAAUGACACAACAAUUCCAAAAUAUGGGACUCAUGGGCGAGGACUUGAGUCUUGAUAAAAAGUUGGAAGGAGAUAAGAGGGGGAUGAACGACUACAGCGGUGAAAUGCGGAGAGGAGGAAGAGGUGGAGGAGGCUACCGUAUGCCCAGUUUCAAAGACAUGGGGCCUGGAGACAUGGGGCCUUACAGUGACAAGAUGGGUGUUCAUGGUUUAUUUGGUGGCAGCGGUGGGAUGCCUCCGUCUCGGGGAAUGCACCAGCCUGGGAUGCAUCCCAUGAACCCCUCCCAAGGGUUACGCGGACAAGUCCCUCAUCAAUUCUUGUCUGCGCAGGUGCCGGGCCCGACGCUAAAGCAGAUACCCUCUCCUGGCAGCAGUGUUGGAGGAGUAGGUGUCGGAGGAGGGGUGUUCCCGCCUCAGCUCUCCCCACAGCAACUUGCAGUGCUUAGUAACAUUUAUCCCCAUGUGCAGCAGUUCCACCUGGCUUGUCAACUUCUUCUGCAGCAACAGCAGCAGCAGCUCUUGCAGAACCAGAGGAAGUUGCCCCAGCCUAUACGCCAGCAGCCUGAUCCACAGCAGCUGGCUAGAAUCAUGGCUAUUCUGCAACAACAGAGACAGCAACAACAGGGAGUGGUGGGCGGAGGCAGGCUUGCUCCCGGAGGCAACCUGUCUGGGCUGGAGUUGGGCUCCAUGGUGGGGGGGAUGAAGGAUGGAGGAGGGCAGCAGUCCCGCUUCAAAUGGAUGAUGGAAGGUCACUCUCCGGCCCCUUCUCCCCCAGAUACAGUUCAUCACAAGAAUGGUCCUUUACCCAUGGCCAUGAAAGUUCGAGAGGGCUCCCCAUAUUCACAGUAUGAGUUGCUUGGGGUAGAUGAUUUGGGAAUGCCCCCUCAGGGCCCUUCUGACAACUGGCACCGUACCCCUGGAAGCAAGAUGGGCACCAUGGCUGGGACAUCCAGCUGGCCCCCAGAGUUCCAGCCUGGAGUGCCCUGGAAAGGCAUCCAGAGUGCUGACCCGGAGUCUGACCCUUACAUGACCCCUGGCAGUGUUCUGGGCUCCCAUGGACCCUCCAGCCUCAGUGACUCUGACCACCAGUUACUGCGAGACAACACAGGGCCAAACCCCUCCCUCAACACCUUGCUGCCUUCACCAGGUGCCUGGCCCUACAGUGCCUCAGACAGCCCCCUUGGCAAUGCACACAGCACAGCAAAGUACUCGGAGUACAAAGCCAGCUGGCCCCCAGAGCCCAUCGGACACAAUAAGCCGUGGAAGACCAGUCACGUCAGUUCCCAGCUUCCACGCCCCCCUCCUGGACUGACCAGUCAGAAACAGGCCUCGACAUCCCCAUGGAGCAGCGGAGCCCCGCGUUUGUCCAGGGGCUGGGGAGAGGGCGGGGGCAGUCAGGAGUCAAGAUUUGGGACAGGCUCAGCGUGGAGUGAUGGUGUGGCCUCCAGAGGCAGCUGCUGGCUACUGCUCAGCAACCUCACCCCUCAGAUCGAUGGUUCCACACUACGGACUAUCUGUAUGCAGCACGGCCCCCUGCUGACCUUUCACCUCGGCCUGACCCAGGGCAGCGCCCUGAUUCGCUACAGCACACGUCAGGAAGCAGCCAAGGCUCAGGGUGCACUGCACAUGUGUGUUCUGGGAAACACCACAAUCCUAGCGGAAUUUGUGAGUGAGGAGGAAGUGGCUCGCUAUUUUGCACAUUCCCAGGUUGGAGGUGCGGAGGGGGCCAGCCCAGCGGCAGGGGCAGCCCAGGGCUCGUCAGGAACACGCACAGCGGUGGGCAACAGAGGGGGCUCCCCGGGGAGUGAACGAGCAGCAAUAGGAGCAGGAAACAAUUUGGGUGGGAACAGCGGGGGAGGAGUGGUUCUGGGUAGUGUGGGGCCUUCCAGCUCCGGCUGGCAGAGUUUGGAUGGAACAGGCAGCUCUCCAGAGGCCACCUUAGCCCAAGGUCCUGGGCUUGGUAUUUUUGCUCAGUGGAGUGCCAACGGGGCUGGGAAAGGGGUAGGGGGUGGGGUGGGACGGGUAGAGGGAGGGAGGUCUGGGCUCUGGGGUGGUGUGACCCCAGGUUACUCCAGCAGCAGCUUGUGGGGUGCACCCCAAAUGGAGGACAGGCACCAAAUGGGCAGCCCAGCUGCCCUGUUGCCUGGUGACCUGCUGGGAGGAGGGGCUGACUCCAUCUGA